AUGCCUUCAAUUGAUGUAAAUCUCCCAGAUGGGAAUGCGACUGAUACAAGGGAUUCCCCUGAGAUGAUCAGCAUGUUGAGAGAGCCAGCUGCUGCAGAGAAAGUUUUGCUAGGCUUACUUGGCCCUGAUGAUACCAAGAUUAUGCAGGAGUAUGAUGACGGUGGUUUGAGGCAAAACUUAUCCUACCAUGCCCUUGCUGCCUGCCUCCACUUUGCCAUGUGGGUACGGGAAAAUGGAGAGUCUUCCUUAGCCUCCAGGGAGCGCGAUGAAGCCAGAGCUCGUGUUGCAGAGCUGGAGGAAAAAGUUAGAAAUGUUGAGGAGAUAAUGAAGCAUCAGGUCCAAGAAUACGAGUCUAAGCUGAAUGGCCUGCAAAAUGAUGUUGAUCAGCUGAGGCAGAAGGCUGAGUUCUGCGAGAUGAAAUGGAAGGAGCAGUUGGCGUUGCAUCAGGAGAAGUCCACUCGUUUGGAAGAGGUUCUGAGGCAGCUUGUGGAAGCUAACUCCAACCUUGCCAAGGAUACUCAAAGUCUUGACGUGGCCAGAACACGUAUCGAAAAGUUGACUGGUGCCCUCACUCGGACCAGGAAGCUCUACAAGCAGGCUGAGGUUGAAGUGAAAAAAGUUCAGCAGGACUGCGAAAUGGAUAGGAUCCUUGGGGAAAUAGAGAAGGAAGAGCGUGUGAAAAAAAGGAUUGCUCUGACCACCGAGCUAGAGCUGGUAGAGGACUUCCAAAACCAAAACCAGAAGGAAGGUAGGAGCAUGCCAACGCUGGAGCUAAACAAAGAUGUUAGCAAGCAGGUGAAUGAGGCCAAAAACGUUGAUGGAGAAGUGGAGGCCCAGCAUCCUUCGACUUUCUGCCAUUGCUGCAACGUUCGUUAUAAGUUUAGCAGGGUUCAUGUAAAUCGUCUUCUCUGCUGCCAGGCAUGUCCAGCGGCCUUUGUAGCCACAGAAGAAGUCUCCACCAUCUACAGAAGAAGACACCUUGUUGAUACUGAAAGUCAAGUAACUGCUAGUGGCAGGAAGCCCCAAGAUCAUGGAAUGGUCUCCCUAAAAGGCCCCGGAGGAAGCUGA